AUGGCCACCGAACCAAGCACCAACGGCAGCUCCGCCACCGCAGGGGACGGCAUGUCGGCAGCCGAACGGCUCAUGCAGCAACACGCCGCCGACGACGAAGCCCACAAAGUCACCAUCGAGGACGUCCCAGACGAGGAGUUCACCCUGCACCCACCGCCUUCUGGCGCCGCUUCGCUCCCUAUCAGCAACGAUCCGUCUCGGGUAGCCACUCCAUCCGGCGAGCAAGGCUUGUCCGGCAAGGCAGCAGGGAAACAGCCCAUGCGCGACGAACCCCAGCAAGCACCCGCCCCCAAGAAACCAGCCAUCGACACCCAGUCCGAGGAUGCAUUCCCAGCUCUCGGCGGGCCCAAAGCUCAGCCAGCAGCCGCAGCACCGACGCCCUGGUCCCGCAAGCCGGCAGCCGUCGGGAAAGCCGCGAAUGGAAUGUCGAACGGCAUGGCGAACGGCAGCGCCGCACCCUCGAACGUCUCUCCCCGCACGAGCACGCCCAUGUCUGGGAUAAUGACGCCGAGUUCCACGGCGCCAUCACAGCGCGGUCCGACGCCGCAGAUGACGAUGCCGGGGCGGUACAGCGAGCAGAUCCAGCUGCAUCCGUCGAUGAUGACGCCGCGGAACCAGCUGAAGAAGCCGGUGAAUGAUAUUUUGAGGGAUAUCAAUAAGCGCUCUAAGGCCAAUGUGGAGAUGAAGGCUGGGCCGGGAGGUGUGGUUGUGUUUGAGGGCACGGGGCCGGUGGAUGCUGUGCGGGUUGCGCUGAAGGAGGUUGCGACCCAGCUUUGUUCGAAGCAAAACCUGCAAGUUCCCGUCCCGGCCUCCGUCCGCGGCAAGAUCGUCGGCAAGCAAGGCGCAACGAUCCAGGCUAUCUCCAAGAAGACCGGAGCACGCAUCAACAUCUCCAAGCAAGAGGCGGCUGAGAUCCUUGAGGACGAUGAAAUGGACACUACAGUGGAUGUGACAAUCGAGGGCGACCCCUUCGCUGUUCAAAUGGCAAGACAGGACAUUGAGAGGAUCGUCAACGAGCACACUUCCAGCGUCAACACUCGGCUGAAGCACAUCCCGCCGGAAUACUACCCGUUCCUGAACGCACACCCUCGCACCAAUGCGCUCCGGGAGAGCCGCGACUUGAAGAUGCAGAUCCCGCAGUACCACACUUGGGAAGACCAGCCUCCACAAGCGCCUGCGAAUCGUCAGCCGGCGAGCUUCAACCCCCAAGCAGGCAUGCCUAUUCAGCUCUCCGGCGACCGACAAGCUGUGGCAGAUGCGCGCGCUGAGAUCGAACGCCAAAUGCAGGAUCUUCAACGACAAUUGACGCUCGAGCAGAUGGCGAUCGAGCGUGGCCGCCACCAAUUCAUUGUGGGCAAUAUGGGCACUUCUCUCAACGACUUCCUCGCCGAGACUGGCUGUUCUGUGAUCAUGCCUCCACCGGGCGACGACUCCGAAACGCUUACCAUUGUUGGACCGCCGGAGCGGAUCGAGGAGGGCAUGAAUAAGAUUAUGGAUCUCGCUUCGAGCAUGUCGAUGGCCAGCGCGGAUAUCGCGAAGCAGCACGCCAAUGCGCCUCGAGGUGCUCAGGCGCAUGCACGCGACAUUACUAGGUACCUGCAGCAACGGCAAGCCAUCGAAGAGCUCGAGCGCAUGCACAACGCUCGCAUCGUUCCAGACAGCACCGGCGCAUGGCAGAUUUACGCUCGUGACGGCAAGAACGCGAUGAAGGCUCGCUCGGACGUCAUGAACUUGAUUAGCGGGCAUCCUCCGACACGCUUCCACCCUGUUGAGGUCGACCCCUUCUACCACGAACACCUCCGCCAACAAGCUGCCAGCAACAUCCGACAGCAGCACGGUGUACGUGUCAUCCUGCCUGAGGAAGGCGAUGACGCUCCAGUACUGCUUGUCUUUGAAGAUCGUACACCUUCGCCUGAGUACCAGUUACCUCGACGACAACCAUCGGCGCAAGACACACAGGCUUUUCAGCAAGCGCUGCAACAGGCACAGCAGGAGAUUCUCGGCAUGAUCAGUGGACGUGAGCAGAUCGUCAACCGUGAAGUCGAAGCGCCUGUGAAGUUCCACGACAAGAUCCGACGGCACGUUGACCGCCACCACUCUUCGCUUCCUGAGGGCUCUAUACCAGCGCAGGUCAUGUAUGGAGGCCCGCGACAACCGCAGCAGCAAAGACGUGCUCCCGCUCCGAAUGUCAAUCUCCGUGGUCCGCAGAACGAGGUCGAUGCACUGAUGCAGAGCUUGCUUGCGUUCAUCGAACAGGAGAAGCAGGAUGAGCUCGAGCGUGGAUACACGACCAGCUUUGAUUUCCCGCAGAAGUUCGCCAAUCACCUUGUUGGACGACGAGGCGAGAACAUCAACCGGUUGCGCGAGGAGUUCGACGUCGACAUUCAGAUCAACGAAGGCAAAUGCGAGGUCAAGGGUCCGGAGGCGAAGGCCAAUGCCUGCAAGAAGCACAUCCUCGACAUGGCGAAGAAGCUUGAGGACGAAGCUGAGCACCACCUCAACAUUCCACCACAAUUCCACCGCGAUCUUAUUGGUCACCAAGGCACGCAGGUCAACCGUUUGCAAGAUCGCUACGGCGUGCGUGUCAAUUUCCCGCGAAGCCGAGACGCAGCGCACGACGAUGCUUCCGAAGCUGGCGAGAACGUCCCCGCACGUCGCAACAACCAGCAGCCGCACGAAGUCAUCAUCAAAGGCCCCAGCCGAGGCGCAGACGCCUGUCGCGAGGAGCUGCUGAGUCUGCUGCAGUACGUCAAGGACAACUCGUUCACUGCCACCGUGAUGGUUGCGCAGAACCAGCUCCCCUCGCUCAUCGGUGCCGGUGGCAAGGAGAUGGAGAAUCUGCGGCUCGAGACGGGAGCGCAGAUCGAUGUGCCGAAUGCGAGGGAGGCGAUGAGUCCGGGUGGCAGGGCGGAGAUCAAGAUCAAGGGGUCGAAGAAGGCUGUCGAGGAGGCGAAGAGGCUGAUUGAGGAGAAGGCGAAGAUUUUCGAUAAUACGGUUACGAGGAAUCUGGAGGUGGAGAGGAGGUUUCAUCGGUUGAUUAUUGGGGCGCAAGGCUCGAAUUUGCGCAACAUCAUCACGCAAGCUGGUGGUCCUGAUGAUACACGCCUGCACAACCGCAUGAUCCGCUUCCCGAAGACGGACGCUGAAGGCAACGCCAUUCGUGUCGAAGGUCAAAAGCCGGUCGUAGACAAGAUCUGCGGAGCCAUCGAAGCCCUCGUCCAGGAGCAAGAGUCCCAAACUACAGACAUUGCCGAAGUCAAGCCCGACAAGCACCGUCUCCUCAUCGGCCGCGGCGGCGAGACCCGCCGCCAACUCGAGCAGCAAUUCGGGGUCACCAUCAACGUCCCCCGCCAAACCGAAACCGGCCCGCAACGCUCUCAAGUCCGCAUCGCCGGCCGCCCGGAGAACGUCGAAAAGGCGAAAUCCCACAUCCUCGACCUCACCAAAGACCAAGAGGGCGAGACGGUGCAAGUCCCGCGCCGCCUCCACCACUCCAUCGCCGACAACGGCCAGUUCUUCCGUCGCCUGCGCAACGACCACCGCGUCACCGUCGACCACGCCGGGCAGCGCCCGCCGCCGAAACCUUCCGCGCCUACCCCGAGUCGUUCCGGUGCCGGCGAUGCUAUGCCCCUGAUCACCGACGACCCGUCCGCGAACGCCAACAACCACGUCUGGGAACUGCACUCCCUCCACUCCUCUUCGGAAUCCGGCGAGAUCCCCUGGGUCCUCUCCGGCCCCUCGUCCGACGCCGUCGCCGCCGCGCAAUCCCGACUCGAAACCGCUAUUAAAGAGGCAGAAACGCAGGAUUCCAUCGGUUUCCUCAUCCUCCCCGACCCGCGCGCGUAUCGCCAUGUUGUCGGUCCGAAGGGCAGUGAGAUUAUGAGGAUUCGGGAGGUUACCGGGACCCGGAUUCAGGUCCCUCGGGAUCAGACGAGGGGGGAGGCGAUUGAGAUUUUGGGGAGUAGGGAGGGGGUGGAAGGGGCGAGGGAUGUGAUUUUGGAGGUUGUGGGGAAUAACUCGUAG